GGAGAAACGAAACUUCAGUUGGGCUCACUCAGCAUCUUUAAUGGUAGCUAUAAGGUCUGGUUUUCUCUCCUUCCGCUCACUGACCUUGGGUCGCCGUCAGCCAAAAUGUCCCAUUUUGUGUUGUUUCGCUGGAUUGUGAUGCAGACCUUUAUAGCGCACACCGCAUCAGAAACUGUUGUUCGAGGAAUGAUGGGACAACCUGUCACACUGCCUUGCUCCUACCGGGUGGCACGAGUGAAGGACAUCUCUGACAUGUGCUGGGGCAGAGGCCCGUGCCCAAACUCCAAGUGUAACAACAAACUUCUGCACACCACUGGGAACAGGGUGACGUUCAGAACAUCGCAGCGGUACAACCUGCAGGGCUACGUUUCCUACGGAGAUGUGUCUCUGACAAUUCAGGAGCUGAAGGCAGAAGAUGCGGGCACAUACUGCUGCCGCGUGGAGAUCCCGGGCUGGUUCAAUGACAUCAAGCAGAACAUUCAGCUGGUGGUGCUUAGAGCAACCUCAGUGAAGAAAAAACCUAAGAAAAAUGGUUCCAAAUCCACAAAACGUCUCAGAAAAACAACUUUUGCACCCCAAACAACCUCUGAUCUUCAAGGAACAGAGCAGACUGCUGUCUUCCUGGCAACCGCUGUCCCCCCAGCAGCUUCUGCAACCACUGAGUCUCCGAGAGUAACAACUGCUUUUUUCCCCCCAAUAUUUGAUCAGACAGCAAGUGGCACUUCUCUAGAAAAAGUGGGGUCAACCAGUGCUCUUCCAGAUUUUUCAGCCAGUUUUCAAGCAGUUGAUGUGAGGACUGACGGUGAUGGCAUCUCCUACUCGACAGAGUUAAUCCUUCUUCCUGAAGCAACAACCCUGCGAGAGCCAACCAUACUUCAGACACCGAAGUCAACCCUCGGUCCUUCAGCAAUGAACACCGCAUCAGAGACUGUUGUUCGAGGAAUGAUGGGACAACCUGUCACACUGCCUUGCUCCUACCGGGUGGCACGAGUGAAGGACAUCUCUGACAUGUGCUGGGGCAGAGGCCCGUGCCCAAACUCCAAGUGUAACAACAAACUUCUGCACACCACUGGGAACAGGGUGACGUUCAGAACAUCGCAGCGGUACAACCUGCAGGGCUACGUUUCCUACGGAGAUGUGUCUCUGACAAUUCAGGAGCUGAAGGCAGAAGAUGCGGGCACAUACUGCUGCCGCGUGGAGAUCCCGGGCUGGUUCAAUGACAUCAAGCAGAACAUUCAGCUGGUGGUGCUCAGAGCACCUCCAGUGAUGACAACCAUGGGAAGACCUCCCACUUCCUCCAACCAUUUUGGAACAACAACUUUUGCUGCCCAAGAAACUCCUGAUCUUCAAGCAACCACAUGGGCUGCUGUCCCCUCAGCAGGGCCUACAACCACCUGGUCACCCCCAACUUUUGAUAAGACAACAAGUGAUAACUUUCUGGAACAAGUGGUGACUACCAGUGCUCCCCCAGAUUUUUCAACCGAUUUCCAAACAAGUGAUGCGUGGACUGAAGGUGAAAGUGUGUUCUGCUCAACACAGCCGGUCUCUCCUCCCAGAGUGACUUCUGAAUUCCCAAGUAUACUUUUGACUGCAGAUGGAACUGAAGAGGCCACUUUUCUCUGGACAGAUGAUGUGCCAACUGUAGGAAGUCUUGGUAAGAGGCUUACCUCUGGGAUUCAGGAGGAAACCGUGGGCUGGAAAGAGCUGUCACUAAAUGACAACAGUCCUGCCAGAGCCAAACACAUUUCAAACACCGAAGUCAACCCUCGGUCCUUCAGGGACUACACUGAGUUCAGCCAGCAAUACAGAGAAAGCUGGGAUGAAACUUUCUUUUCGCAUCUCCACCAUUCUCACCAUAUCUCUCAUAGGGAUAUCCAUUAUUUUAAUGUUGAUACUCUUAUCGUUACUUUGGAAGCGAAGAUACACAAGGAAAUUUAUUAUGAAAAGCCUUAGACCAGCUGAAGACCUUGAAAAAGUUUUCAGUGGCUCUGAAGGAGAAAACAACCUUUUUGUUCUGUGAAGAGCUCCUGCAUCAUCAGUGGAUGGCCUGGAAUAAAGCACAGCUGCACUGCAAAUAGAAAGGACCUGUUUCAAGCUGCAUCGAGAGACAUUUGUGAGCCCUUAAAAUAUCAGUGGGUGUAAACCAAAGGCCAAAGCUUCAACUAUGAAAAUUUAAAAUCUUUGUGCAAAUUUUGCCAUCUCACCUUUAAAGCGCACUGUAUAAAGAAGCUUCUUUUAGAGUAUGCAUUAUUCAGUAGCAUUUCUGGGAUCUGUGUUCUUGUUAAUACCAAAUUAAAUGUUUUUCUCUGAGUUUUA